UAAGGAUCAGCGGAGUGACCCGAAGUUUCCCGAGAACGGCGGAGCCGAGGAUCUCCGGAAGGAGCCGAAGUUUUUCGAAAGUCCUGAGGCCGAGCGGCUCCGGAAGGGUACGAAGCUUUCCGAACGCGUCAGGGUCGAGCGGCUCCGGAGUGGUCCGAAGGCGCCCGAGCGUCCGUCCUGCCGGACUGCUGAAGGCGGCCGCAGCGCCAUGUUUGAUGCUCCGCUACUUCAAAUUCCCAGAGGUCCUGUGCAGCAACCCCUUGAGGAUCGGAUCUUCACUCCGACAGUCUCAGCUGUGUACAGCACUGUAACACAGGUAGCAAGACAACAAGGACCUCCUGCACCAUCUGCUUACUCUGCACAUGAAAUAAACAAAGGACACCCAAAUCUUGCUGCAACGCCACCAGGACAUGCAUCAUCCCCUGGACUUUCACAGGCCCCUUACCCCUCAGGGCAGAAUGCAGCUCCAGCCACAUUGGUGUACCCCCAAACUCCUCAAACAAUGAACACACAGCCUCAGACCCGCUCGCCGCCCAGCAGAACAGUGCCAAUACAUUGCACAGACAACUGGAAGAGGAGGAAGGUUUUGGAACAGAAUCCGGUUUACAGGUCCCUGGCUGGAAGAGGCUGGAUAAAAUACUGCAUUAGCCGAUUAAAAGUUAGAAUUUUCCAUGGAACAGUGAUAAGACAGUUUGCAGCGGGGCCUCGACCUGCCCAUCACCAGGGAGGAUUCAGACCCAUCCAGUUUUUUCAGCGGCCUCAAAUACAGCCUUCUAGAGCUGCCAUCCAGAACAGCAGCCCUUCUAUCCGUCCUGGUGCGCAAACACCAACUGCAGUCUAUCAAACCAACCAACACAUCAUGAUGGUUAACCAUCUGCCAAUGCCGUAUCCAAUGCCCCAGGGCCCCCAGUACUGUAUACCACAGUAUCGUCAUAGUGGCCCUCCUUAUGUUGGGCCUCCACAGCAGUAUCCUGUUCAGCCACCAGGGCCAGGCCCAUUUUAUCCAGGCCCGGGUCCUGGAGAAUUUCCCAAUGCCUACGGAACACCAUUCUACCCAAGUCAGCCAGUGUAUCAGUCAGCACCCAUCAUAGUGCCUACACAGCAGCAGCAGCAGCAGCCUCCACCAGCUAAAAGAGAGAAAAAAACAAUCCGAAUCCGGGAUCCAAACCAGGGCGGCAAAGAUAUAACGGAAGAAAUAAUGUCUGGAGGAGGCAGCAGGAACCCUACGCCUCCCACUGUGAGACCCACCCCCACGCCUACCCCUCCUCAGCAGCUGUCCAGCCAGGUCCCAGAGCACAGCCCUGUGGUUUAUGGGACUGUGGAGAACACUCAUCUCGCCGCCAGCACCUCUGUCACUGCAACUAGCGACCCGAAGCAAGAAGAGAAGCCAAAACCAGAUCCAGUAUUAAAAUCUCCUUCCCCAGUCCUCAGACCAGAGCCUAGUGGGGAGAAAAAAGAUCAAGCUGGCCAGACAUCUGAGGCUGCCUCAGUGGAAUCACCACCAGAACUUCCUCUUGCUGCAUCGCCAGUCCCUCUUGCUCCUAUUGCAGUUGUUGCUGCUGCUGUUGCUGUUUCUAGUAAAUCUGCAUUCAGAGCUGACUCAGAGGAGAGAUGUGAACUAACUUCCCCGAAAGAGGAAACAAUACCUAUAUCCAAUGCCACACCCUGCACAGAAGAAUCAGACCUUUCACCAACAGAAGAGGCUGAUGCUGACACAUGCAAGGAGCCUAGUACGGUAGCAACUAGUUAUAUUCCAGUGACUGCUAGUACUAAUCUAAUUAAUGAAAUUAAUGGAGUUAAUGAAAAAGUAACUGCUGCAGACGGCAUAGCAGAAAUAGUUCAACAGGAAGUUGCACCAUUGACUGUUGAAUUGGAGAUUUUGGAAGGCUUUCCUGCAGAAGUGGAGUGUGUACCAUCUUCCAUUGCUCUUUCCACCUCUCCCUCUCCUCCUCUAACUCCUCCUAUUCCUGUUUCUGCUGCUGUUACCACUACAACACCUCCUUCCUCUCCUCCUCCUCCUCCAAUUUCCCUCCCUGCUGUUCAGGGAGAUUUACAUGGAGAGGAGAGCAGAAGAACUACCCUUAACAAAGUUGUAAAAGAUACUCAAAACAAAGAAGAGGUGGAAGCAGAUGGGCAACCAGAGGAGAAUUCAGAGUCUGAGAAUUUAAACUCCAGGAAGAACCCUGUAGCAGCCCAAACAGCUGUAGCUGCACCAAAGAUGUGGAAGAAACCAAAAGAUCGGACCCAAGCCGCUGAGGAGGUGUUAGAGGCGGAAACAGAGCGUAAAGCAGAAGAGGAACUUUCAGGUGACAAAGUACCUGAAUCUGAACAGGAUAAAAUGAGCCAUGGGUUCCACCUGGAAAGAGAUACUUCUGAAUUUAAAAAAGCAAAAGUUGUGGAAGAAAAUGGAGAGCAGGAAGCAGAGCCUCUACGUAACGGUGCUGAGUGUGUUUCAGAGAGGGAAGAACCUGAUGCUAAUUCAGGCUCCACAGAGAGCUCUGGUGAAGGGCUAGUAUACCAGUAUAAACCAGAACAGUGGAAGCCCAUGAAUCCUGAAGGGAAGAAGCAAUACGAUAGGGAGUUCCUGCUGGAUUUCCAGUUCAUGCCUGCCUGUAUACAGAAACCCGAAGGGCUGCCUCCUAUUAGUGAUGUGGUCCUCGACAAGGUGAGAGGAGACCCAAUAAAACAGCAGAUUAAUCAGCCAAAAUUGCCAAUUCGAACUCUGGACCCUCGGAUAUUGCCUCGAGGACCAGACUUCACACCAGCCUUUGCCGAUUUCGGGAGGCAAACCUCCGGGGGAAGGGGUGUAGCUGCCUGCAAAGUGCAGAACAACCCCGGAUUACCUUCUGUGGCUCGGUGUGGCACCCCAGCAUGCCCUCUCUUGGUCUCAUCUCACCCACCAUUGAGGAACCUGCCAAUAGGGGAGCUGUUCCGCAAGGUACGAAGUAUCUUAAACAAAUUGACACCACAGAUGUUCAAUCAGCUAAUGAAGCAAGUAACAGACCUGACUGUAGACACAGAAGAGAGGCUGAAAGGAGUCAUUGACCUGGUCUUUGAGAAAGCCAUCGAUGAGCCCAGCUUCUCUGUGGCUUAUGCAAAUAUGUGUAGAUGUCUCGUAACGCUGAAAGUACCUAUGGCAGACAAGCCUGGGAGCACAGUAAAUUUCCGCAAGUUGCUACUGAAUCGUUGCCAGAAGGAAUUUGAAAAAGACAAAGCCGAUGAUGAUGUCUUUGAGAAGAAGCAAAAAGAGCUCGAAGCUGCUACCACUCCAGAGGAGAAGACACGGCUCCAUGAGGAGCUGGAAGAGGCCAAGGACAAGGCUCGACGGAGAUCCAUCGGAAAUAUCAAAUUCAUUGGUGAACUCUUCAAACUGAAAAUGCUGACAGAGGCCAUCAUGCAUGACUGUGUGGUGAAGCUGCUUAAGAACCACGAUGAAGAGUCCCUGGAGUGCCUUUGCCGCCUCCUCACCACCAUCGGCAAGGACUUGGACUUUGAGAAAGCAAAGCCCCGUAUGGACCAGUAUUUUAAUCAAAUGGAGAAGAUUGUGAAAGAGAGAAAAACGUCCUCCAGGAUUCGUUUCAUGCUUCAGGAUGUAAUAGACCUAAGGCUGUGCAACUGGGUAUCCCGGAGAGCAGAUCAAGGCCCCAAGACUAUUGAGCAGAUUCAUAAAGAAGCAAAAAUUGAAGAGCAAGAAGAGCAGAGAAAGGUCCAGCAACUCAUGACCAAAGAGAAGAGAAGACCAGGUGUCCAGAGGGUAGAUGAAGGUGGAUGGAACACUGUUCAGGGGACAAAGAAUAGUCGUGUGCUUGAUCCCACCAAAUUCCUUAAAAUCACCAAGUCCACAAUAGAUGAGAAGAUUCAGCUUGUGCCUAAAGCCCAGUUGGGCAGCUGGGGGAAGGGCAGCAGUGGUGGAGCAAAGGCCAGUGAGAUUGAGUCCUUACGACCAAGUGCCACUAGUUUGAACAGAUUUUCUGCACUGCAGCUCCCAGUGUCGUCUGUGUCUUCUUCUGUAUCUUCAGAGUUAGACUCUCGCAGGGCCUUAACUAGUCGUGGGAGCACAGGCAGAGAGAAGAAUGACAAACCACUGCCAUCUUCAGUCACCCGUCCAAACACCUUCCUGCGGGGUAGCAGCAAUAAAGAGCUGCUGCUAGACAAUCAGGCACAAGAAGAACAACGGCGAGAGAUGCUAGAGACAGUGAAACAGCUAACAGGUGGCAUGGAUAUGGAGAGAAACAUCACAGAGACAGACAGGAACAAAGCCAAGGAAAUAGCCAAGCCAGAAACUCCCACAGCUCCAGUACAAGACAAAUCUUCACUGUCAGAAGAGGAAAUGGAGAGAAAGUGCAAAUCCAUCAUUGAUGAGUUCUUGCACAUAAAUGAUUAUAAGGAAGCAAUGCAAUGUAUGGAGGAAUUGCAUGCACAGAGUCUGCUGCCCAUUUUUGUGCGAGUCGGAGUGGAGUCUACUCUCGAGAGGAGUCAGAUCACCAGGGAUCACAUGGGCCAGUUACUGUAUCAGUUGGUGCAGUCAGAAAAGCUAAGCAAACAGGACUUCUUCAAGGGGUUUUCAGACACCUUGGAGCUGGCAGAUGAUAUGGCCAUUGAUAUACCGCAUAUUUGGUUGUAUCUAGCUGAAUUGGUGACCCCCAUGUUAAAAGAAGGCGGAAUCUCUAUGAGAGAACUUAUAAUAGAAUUUAGCAAAUCUUUACUUCCUGUGGGAAGAGCUGGGGUCUUGCUUUCUGAAAUAUUGCACCUUCUAUGCAAACAAAUGAGCCAUAAGAAAGUAGGAGCCUUAUGGAGGGAGGCUGGCCUCAGUUGGAAGGACUACUUACCUGAAGGGGAGGAUGUACAUACCUUUCUCAUGGAGCACAAGUUGGACUUCACAGUGUCUGACUGUUCCAGUUCCUCAGAAGCACUUUCAGAGGAAGAACUCUCUGCUGACGAACUGAACAAACAGCUAGAAAAACUCAUUAUUGAGGACAAGGCGAAUGAUGAACAAAUCUUUGAUUGGGUAGAGGCUAAUCUAGAUGAAGGCCAAAUGAGUUCACCUACAUUCCUUAGAGCUUUAAUGACAGCAGUUUGUAAAGCAGCCAUUAUAG